AUGUCCAAGUACACUGGCUUGCCGGAUAUCGACACGGCACCCGAUGUGUACGAGACGCACCCACAGAAGGAGGGAGCGCGCUUCAUGAGUGAUGAUGAUGAUGAUAGAGAGUCCAAUACAGACGCGGCCACGACAUCGGACGCCAUUGAUACUCACAGUGUGAAUGCGACACAAGCGGCCGAAAAGUUUCGGUCGACCUACUUGACGCCCGAGUCGUAUGAGCUACAUGGCACAGCUGGUGGGACUGAGUCGACGCUCGCUCGAUACAUGCGUCUGGAGCAUGAAGUGCGCGAACUUGAGCGGAUUUUGACCGCUCGCCAGGGCGAUACAAGUACGACGCCGAGUAUGUUGGCACAACUCCAGACUCUCGAGCGUCGCAUCCAGCGAAUGCGUGACGAUGCUAGGCAUGCUGACCCACGCGACCUAACACAGGCGAUGAUAGAUGCUCUUCAGCAAGUGCCCGAGCCAGUUUCGGCACAGUCAGCCCCUUCUGCGACGCAUAUGUCAGCAUGGGACGAGCGACUCACGGCCCUUGAAAGUCGUUUGGGCGUCCAGGCACUUCAAUCGGACGUUCCAUUAGCCGAUACGAUUCAUCGCCUGGAGCAACAAAUGCAGCUUCUGACCCAACCACGACAUCUGGAUACCAUUAUCGCGCGUGCUAAAGCCGUGUGCUCUGAGCUGGAACAUGUCGAUGAGCGGCGAAGGCAUUUCGCGAACGACGACGAUGAAGCGCUUGCCCAAGUAAGGGAGCUAUAUGCGCUCCAGUCACGAAUCGAGCCACUUGAGCCUCUGGCCCCCGCUCUGCUUGCGCGUCUGCAGACGCUCGCGCCACUGCACUCUGCUGCUUCAGAGUUUCAUACGUCGUUGUCGCAGGUCGAAGCACGGCAAACUACCCUACAGGCUCGGCAUGCCGAUCUACACACACUAUUACAAAAGCUGGAGCAGAGUAUGCAAGAGAACCAGGCCAUCAUGCAGCGUAAUCUGCAGUCACUCAUGACAAGGUUGGAUACGUUGUGUGGUACUUCUCCGCCAUGA